ACCACCACCACCACCACCACCAUCAACUGCUAGCUACAGUGGUACCGAUGAGGAGACCCGGCCGACUCUAGCACCAACCAUUGUUCAUUGUUACCCACACCACGCAGUCCCAUUCACUUCUUCCUCCCCUCUCUCCCCCUCCCAUUCGUGUCUCUGGGACGCUGCGAAUCAGUUAGUCUCAGACCACACCAUCAUCACCCACAGCAACCAAAAGUCGACGUCGACAACUACCCAGCGACAGGACUAGGAACACUCUGCAUUAUUCCCUUACCACCAUCACAACCCCUUCCCCCCCUUCCCUCGUCACGGCCAAAGGAUCACCGUUACCCCGCCGCCGCCUCCCCCCCGUGCCCUAAAACUCUCCCAGAUCACGACCAGCUUGGGCCUAAUUGAUACAUCCUUUCAUCGUCCUCCUCAUCAUCACCACAAUCACCGCUAUCACCAUGCCCCGCUAUAGGAUCUCAAAGCCCCUCCCGGUCGGCACAGGCUUGGAGAACAGCAGCGUGGCAAGUGGCAGUGGCGCCGCACCUCCGACGACGCCAACCGCGGCAACGUCUUCGACAACGGCUCCACAGCCCCCUCCUCGCAAUCCUGCGCGUUCUGCUCCAUUGUCACCAGUGCCAGAGAUCAAGGCAGGUAGCACAUCGCCUCCGCCCGCGACACAGCGCGUCCGUCCUCCUCCGUCGGCAUUCCGCCCCGUCGCUCCCGCGGUGGCACGAAGCAACAAAGGCAAGGAGCGAUCACGCGACGAUCAGCAGCUCUUCCCCACGCGUAACGGCCGCGCGCAAUGGAUUGUCGAUCCUAUAGAGUCUCGACGUGGCGCCGAGAUCUGGGAAGCCUCCGAGCGUGUAAUCCUCAUUCUAGGCGAACCCGCCCGGAUGACGCUUACACCGCUACUGUAUUCCAAAGCAUUCGCCAACACGUUGCUUCUUAUCGGCAGUGUCAAUCCGCUGCCAGACAUUGAGGCACUCUUAUCGCCAUCGCAUCUCUUGAACGGCGAAAAUGGAAAGACAAUCUACCCAACCGUGCAGCCAUUCACCGUCCCUCAAUCAGUCUUGGACCAACACUCGCAUCCUCUGCCUGCUUUCCUCAACCACGCCGCCGCACUGGCCGAGGACUUCCGUAAGAAUGGCGGCCUCGCACCGUCCCCCUCUGCUACCAUCCCCAACGGACCUGCAUGGUCAAGCCGCUCGCGUCGAAGCUCAGGCAGCUCGGCAUCUGGCACGCUCACGCCGCCUCUCACGCCCCUCACAACCCGCAAGCGCUUCUCGCCGUUUAGCCGUGGGUCGUAUGCAAGCACGCCGCCUUCCCUGUCGCCUCGUGGGUCGGUCAAUGACCUCACGACGCGCUACUCGGCGUCAAGCAGCAACAGCCGCCCUCCGUCUGUAAUGAGCAACGGCGAACGCCGCCCUUCCAGCAUUCGCCGCAUCGGCUCCCUCUUCCGCGAGGAUGGCAUUCCGGUGUCUGAGGGCUCGCCCUUUGACGCAGUCAUCAACUUCAUCCCAUCGGCUACGAGAUGCGCAGACCCGUCGCGCGUUCUUCAGGAGAUGCUCCAGAGCGCCGUUGUCCUUACCACGGCUGUCCUUCCCAUGCUCACAAAGGUGACCACGAACAACAGCUUGACUGCUGCUGCCUCUCCGUUCGAGCUUGCGCCACUGUCCCUGGUGCACAUUGUUCCGCUGGACGCCCCGCCGACGCUUGCCCCGGUCAUUGAGCGCUUCUUGCUCCCGCUCCUCCCUCCUCUGAAGAAGAGAGUCCGCCGCGACCUUUUCGCCUGUGUCACCAGUCUUGGAGCAUGGCUUGCUCCCCAGACGGAGACAAUGGGCGAAGGCCUGCCCGGUGCCGAGACUAUCCUGUUCGGCGGUGUGCGCUGCUACGUGCACCUCAGCGACGACGGCGGAGCCCAGCAGGCAAUGUUGGCUGGGUGGGAGUACGCAGUUUCUGCCCCUAAUGUCCUCGUCGAGAACUCGCAGAAGGCCGAGGCACCGCCACCAUUCUUGACAAGAUCGUCGUCGCAAACCCUCUCCGAGCUCCGCCAAGAGACGCCAGGCUACCCUUUGUCGCCGCCUUCACCCCAGGCGCUCAAGCUGGAGAUCAUGCCAGAGGACGACGAGUCUGGCCUGCGCCGGGACGAAACCGGCAUGCGUCGCUCCACCAGCCGCGCCGAGUCUGUUCGCACCGAGAGCCGCAUCGGUGGCCUCUUCCGCAAGGCUUCCCGUUCCGACCUCUUCUCACUGCGAUCCAAGGCAUCCAAGAACGACCUGCGGUCCGAGACCCCGGCAUCCCGUCCUUUACCAUCGCGUGGCUCUUUCGACAUGUUGCGCUCGCGCUUCUCCAAGACGGACCUCACUACGCUCCGCACCGAGCGCAGUGACCCUUCCAUGUCCAAGAGCCCAGCCAUCGAGGUCCUCAGCUCCAUUCCCGACGACGGCACCCCGACGUCUACCCGCGAGCGUCAGUCGUCGCUCUCGGAGCGCUUCCGUUUCCGCAGGGGUUCUGUCUCGGACGAGUUCCACCCGGCUGUGGAGGUCCAGACGCAGUUGCCUGUAAAGGCGUCUGCCAAGACGUCGCCGAUCAAGGCCACUGCCAAGACGUCGCCAGUUAAGGCCGCUGCCAAGACGUCGCCGGUCAAGGCGACUCCCAAGGCGUCACCUGUCAAGACCACCACGUCUCCUGUCAAGACGACCCUCUCCUCGUCGCAGGGAUACCCGGACCUCAUGUUAGCGUCGGACGGCGACUCAUCUGCCCCGACGACGAGCUACAACAGUGAGCGCGACGACUCUCCUCAACAAAAGCACAAACGCCUGCCGUCGCUUCCGUCGCUGUCGUCACUGUCGACCAACCUCCCAUCCCUGCCAUUCUCUGGCACAGGCACCCUUGGCGCGUUUGGCAAGAACUCGUCGACCCCCUCGGGUGCUCCGAUCCACUCGAUGAUGAGCUCGAACCGUGGGUCGCCUCCCACGCCCGAGCUUGAUGCCUCGUCGUCGAGCUGCUCCUCGUCAUCUAUGCAGGAGCCGUCGCCCAGCGAGGACAAGCCCUUGUCGUCGCCCAUCGUCGCCCCCGCUAUUACUACCACGAACACCAAGCCUGUUACCGCCACGAUGGGCAGCGUCUUCAAGCGCCGUGGCAUCAAGUUUUAACGGUAAUCACGAACAUUGCAACAGCACACAUACUCGCUCUAUACACGAAUUCAAACGGACACUUAUAUCACACCGUUCCUUUGACACCACCUUCUUCAUAAUAAGCAUGGUUGAACGAGAUGUAGUCUUUACAAUGUGUCUGCCCCCAAGUGCCACUUUUGAUGAUGUUGUGGAUCUGCAAACAUUGCGGCAAGCAUGCACUCUGACACGGACCCACGGAUCGGAAGCAACCAACGGAUGAGCACGCCCCCCAUUAGGAAGUAUUACAGCCGCCAAAUAGGCCCGGUCGAGAAUCCUUGGCAGGCCCGCAAACGGGCGAGGGUCCCUAACGACAGGAGACAAGGGGAUCGUGGGAAGCGGAGGUGGGCGUGAGAGGUUGUGGUGGGUGGUGGGAGUGGGUGCGUGUGAGGGAGGGUGGGUGCCUCCUCUGUGUCGCUCCGCCUCUGUGACCUCCGCCCCCUGACGUCAGAGCGUGGAGCGGAGCGGCGGCCGUGGUGACCGCAGCAAACGGCCUUAAGCGGCUUUGGCGGGCACACGGCCACCAAGGCCGUCGACAGCCGUGCCACUUGGCACAUGCGCACACCGCUGCG